UGUCGUCGAUAAGCUUUGAAAUAUGACGUGCGUAGCGCCAUUUAACGACAUUUAUUGUAUUAAUAUAAUUUUACAAUUAUCAACGUUUAGCAAGUCUAGUUUUCUUAAGAAAAAUGACUGAUCUUGUAUGCGGAAAGUUUCAGUUGACUGAAAGUAAGAACUUUGAAGAAUUUAUGCAGGCGCUUGGAGUCGGAUACCUGACAAGAAAGCUUGGAAACAAAUCUUUUCCAGUUGUUACCGUCUCAAAGGACGGAGAUUUGUUUCAUUUCAAGAAUGAGUCCUUGGUGAAGGAGGAAAGGACAGCUCCUGUGUGAGGGAAUUUUUCAAGGACAAAAUGACUUGUGUCUGUCAGGUUGAUGAUGUUGUUACUGAAAGAAUUUAUACCAGGAAAGAGUAGAGGAGUGAGAGCUUGUAGAGGGGAAAACUUAAACAAUGGAAUAAAUUUGAUGUGAAUUAAAUAUCGAUGAAUCAUUUGAACAAAUUGUACAAACUGUACAGUGUACAUUUAUUGUACAACAAUUAACACACCGUACAUUGUACACGUUGUACAUCGUACAAACUGUACAUUGUGCAAACUGUUUAGCCUGCAAACUUACAUUUACACCGUACAAUGUAAACAACACUGUACAAUAUACACCUUGUACGCUGUACUUGCUGAUAAUCAUUGAUUUAUCACAUCUGUCAUACUGUGAUUGUGCAGUGUACAAACCGUACAAGCAGAACAACGUAAAACAUGUACACUGUUCAAUUAUUCAUUAAUUACAUCUGCCAUAAUCUUGUCAACCCCUCUCAACUGUAGUUUUAUACUUUCUUAGACGUCACGUACAAAUAUAUAUUUAUUAUUUAUUGCUAGAAAUUUGAUUGUUAAAUAUAUAUUUUUAAAAU